AUGGUGUUAUAUAGUAUUGUGGUUACGUUUUUGUUAAUAAAUACUGUGUUUUGUGAUGACCAAUGUAAUAAUCAUGUAAGUUAUCGUACUUUACAAAAUUUUUCAGAAUAUUACUGUAGUCCUAUAGCUUUUUGUAUAACAUUCAUUUUAAAAUUUAAGAAAUCCACUUUCCUCUGGUCGAUAACCUGGCCCAAGACCAACACCCGCAACUUUAUGUUCGGCACCAUUCACGUGGCGUUUGAUCAAGUUUGGGACUCAGGUAAGGCGUCACUUAAGCGGAAACAAUCAAAUAUGUGGGAGACCGGAUGGCGCCGAAUCCCUAAAUGCUUUUUAAUCGGCCCAGAGGUGUGAAUGAGGGCCAAAACGGAAUUUAAAAAUAGGAUUUGAAGAUGGCUCUUGUCAAAACAAUAGACAAAGACCAUCGCGCGGGCUGUUGACCUAGGUGCGCGAAGUCUCUAAUAAGCUGCCAUAUUGACCGAACAGAUUGCAAGAUAAAUAUUAUGAAUCAGAGUUUGGACUCUUUAAUUAACGUCGAUUUGAGUUAAUUAAUUCAAUAUAGGUAAUGUCAUUUUAGUGUCAAGUAAGGUGAAACAAACCCUCGAUCAAGUUGAAGGAGUGGUCUUCGAACUGGCGUUGCAUGAUCCAGAUACUGUAACCGGCUUAAUCGCGUGUAAACAAUUGGAAUACGGACAGAGUUUAAAAGGAAUACUGCCUCCAGCAUUGUUUCAACGAUUAAGACAUUGUAAGUAUACCAAUUGGCAAAACGGAUACCUAUUGUAACGUCUAAAAUCAGCUCGAAUCGUUUUCGACUUUUUUUUGUUUCAUCCAAAUUAAUCAUGAAAAGUCCAUCAAUUUGUUUAUAUUCGUUCAAGUUUGGCAUUUCGUAGUAAGAAAGCUUUUUUAUCAAAAUUAAAAAAUGUUUUUCGCCAUAAAAUCUAAAAAAUAAUUUUUUGCUAUUAUAAUAUGAUGUUCUUCCAGACAUUCGCCGAAAAAAGCAGCGACUAAUCAGAAAGGCAGAAUCCAGAGAAUCGCGAAAAGAACUCUGGAACCACCUUAAUUCUCUGAUUGGAUCCUGGGAAUAUCGUCGCCCAAUAUGGCUGCUGUUUCUAUUGUACCAACUGAACGAGCAAGAGAACCACAGCCACAAGGAGAACAGUCUGGUACCAAUGUUGGAUGCUUACCUAGCCCAUUCAGCGAAAGACAAGGGGAAGAAGUUGUACUCGAUCGAAAGUCCGCGCGAACAAUGCAAUCCGCUAAUUAGAGUGAACAAACAACAGGUAACUAAUUUAUAAUGACCUUGCUCAAUGUUAUAACGGUGUGAAACUUAUAAAUAUUGAUUUAGGUGUUAAUUGCCCAAAACAAUAUAGGUAUAGAAACCUGAUUUAUAAUGGCAAAAAGGUAAAUUUGGCUUUAUUUUUAGGUAAUAUUCGCUAUAAACUACACCUUAUCAUACAUGGAAUGGGCCGAAGCAACAAAACAGAAGGCUCACACUUCUACUAUCGACCAGUUGAUUCAGAUGUACAAAUGUGGCGACGAGAAGGUCACAAACUUUGAGAGUAACAGCUUUACUGACCAUGGCUUUACUCUAAACGAAAAGCACGACCAAAUGGCCAAAGAUAUCGACCAGAAGCUGAAGUAUGACAUAAUUGAACAUAGGAACAUGAGAAUGGCGCUUCGUACUCAUCAACUGAUACAACAACAUCCUGAUGAAACUUUUUUGUUUGCAAUUGGUGCUGGUCACUUUUAUGGUCCUUAUAGUCUAAUUAGUAUGUUGGAGAGCUACGGUUACAUUGUUGAGAAGGUCAACGAUGACACGGACAUAUCGUAAGUUAAUUUUUACUAAUUUUGUCAUUAUAUCAGUAUUAUAACAAGCUCUGUACUGCAAAACUUUAUAAAGUUCUACUAAAACCGAUCUAUACAAAGUAACAUAUCAUUUUUUACUUUUAAAAGUUAUUAUUUGUACAUAUCUUAUAGUAACUCUUAUAGUAACUUUUUCUACCGUCCUAAUAACUUCAAGACUUUCAACGAGUUAUGGGUGCGCAAUGCCAAAGACAUAAACAUAAUGAGCAUCCGCGACAAAGAUACUACCACGUCUAUUAGUUAUUUGUAUUUUAUUCUAUGUUUGGUCCCGGUAGUCCUGAUAGUCUGUCGGAACUUAGGAAAAUAUUAUUUGUUGAAAUCUCAGGCAACAGAGUUGUAG